AUGUCCAGCACAUCUCGGUCGACAUCGCCAGAAAUCUCUCAACAACUUAACCAGCCCUUCCGGCCUUUGAUGCCCGCUCCCCCUGGCAUGGCCCGCAUCGUGAGCCCUCAACAACCAGCUUUCAGCCAUCUGUUUGCCUUUCAAGCCCAACCUACUGGGUCAUCUUCCCGUCGAAAGCAGGGCAAGACGAUCACAGCGGCAUGCGGUGCCUGUAGGAAGCGCAAAUCCAAGUGCGACGGCACCCGCCCAACCUGCCUCGUCUGCCGCGAAAAAGGUACGCCCUGCGAAUACGACACGAACGUCUCGGAAACGCACGCACAGGCCCUCAAGCGCAAGUAUCAAGAGCUGCAGACCCAAAAGGCCGCUCUCGAACAAGUCUAUAGCCUCCUACAAACCCGGCCCGAGGAGGAAGCCCGGGCGGUUUAUAGGAGGAUUCGGUUGGGAGAGGACCCGACCUCGGUGCUGAGACAUGCCCAGUACGGCGACGUGGUGAUGCAGCAUGCGCUGGAGCCGCAGUCAAAUUUCCGGUAUGAGUUUCCCUACCUCAGGGAGAUGCCGCCAUUUUUGGUGUGGGAAGGGAAUCCGUAUUUGAGAGCCGAGAUUCAUGAUUGGGAGUGGAGGGCGAGUGUGUCGGGGAGUGAGGGAUCGCCUUUGCCGCAGAGACAGAGGGCGUUGUUGUUGUUGCCGGGUACGACGACGGGGACGGGGGAUGAUGUGGCUAGUCCGAGAUCGACGAGUUCGGGGACGAGCGAGACCUUGUCUGCUGGGUCGUUGACGUCAGAUAGGAGGGAGCCGUAUCUCAAGCCGUAUCAUACGGCGAGGGUGGUGCAUCCUUGGCUGGACUCGGUCAAGCCGAGUAUGUGGACGGGCGUGAGCGAUGAUGAUGUGUUAAUGAGGAAGCUGCUACAUGACUAUAUUUUGUUUGAUUGGGACUGGUUUACCAUGUUUCAUAAAGACUAUUUUCUGGAGGAUAUGGCGCAGGGCAGGAGGAGGUUUUGCUCGUCGUUGCUGGUCAACGCGGUGUUGUGCAUGGGAAGCUACUGCCACCGCGGCCUACGCAGCUGCGCCGAGCACUGGAACCCCAAGUCCUUCUGCUACCAGUUCCUGGCCGAAGCCCGCCGGUUGUUUGACAUCGAUGCCGAGGAAGAGCGUCCCGUUAGGCUGCCCGACGAGCAGGACGCGGACUGGCAUCGUAGACUCGUCGAAUGGGAGCAGCGACGGCUGUGCACGAUCCAGGCCGCCAUAUUGAUCAAUCUGAUCCAGAACAUAAACGGGGCCGACAAGAUCGGCUGGCGGGUGACGGUACGGGCGCUCGAGCUGGCAAGGGAGAUUAAGUUGUUUGAUGAGCCGCCAGAGUACUACGGCCCAGAGAUGGUCAUUGUCAGGACGUAUACCGCGUGGGCAUGUUACUGCUGGCAGAGCCUAAGCACAUUCUUCUACCUCCGUCCGCCGCUCAUCAAAGACCCGCCCAAAGCCCUCCUCCCCGAUCCCAUCGAAAACCCCCAAUGGUACGGCGAGCUUUGGAUAGCCUACCCGGGCAGCACGCACCGUUUCCCGACUUACCACGGUCUCUCCUUCAAAGCAAAAUGCGAGUUCUGGCGCAUCAUUACCGAGAUCGGCUCAAUCAUGUUCGCCGGCGACCGUUCCCCCAUUGUGAUGCCCUUGAAACAAACGCUGCAUUACGUCAACCGGCUACGGGACUGGUUGCAUGGGUUGCCGGAGCCGCUCUCGCCGAGCAAAAUUGUAUUUCCCCAGCAUCUGAAGCUGCAUUUAGGUUACUAUUAUAUGUUGAUCGAAGUGAUUUCCCCAAUCAUAGGGUGUACCGAGGUCGAUGGGGUACCCCUCAACCCGACGCCGUAUGAUUUGUACCUGGAGGCAGUCAACUGCCACGAGACGCUCAUCCGCAUCCAUUACCUGCGACAUGGGUUUGAGGGAUUUGACACGUUCAUGCUUCACUUUCUCGGGUUCAACAAUCACCUUGCUAUUCGCGCGGUCGAAACAUCCCAGGGAUCUUCCUACCUCGAGCCCCGGCGGUCAUCAGUAAUCCUCUUUGCGAAGGGCAUUCAUGAGUUCAGUCAGGCAUUGUUCAUUGCGAAGGCGAUAUUGAAACUACAAGUGGGCAGGAUGCAGGCGAGCGAAGCGGAACUGUUGAGGAGGGAGCUCGAGAUUGAGCCUGAGGAGGUCGCGUAUGGGCCGAUGGAGCAGACCGUGCAGAGUGACUGGCCGGAGUAUGAUGUCGGUGUCGAGGCGAAGGCGGAGAGGGUUAAGGAGGGGAAGACGCUGGCGACGAGCUUGGCCGAGUUGAGUCUCUUGGAGAGGGAGAGGAAGUCGGCCAGUCCGGAGAGGUAG